CCUAUCACUGUACUGCUGCAAGCGCUAAGGGUUUCAAAAUUCAAAAUGGAGACGUCCAGGGUGGUCCAGGGCUAACAACUGUAAAGUAGCGGGUCACACGAUGCGGCAAGUGACAAAGUGAUUGAGUUAAUUGUCACCAUUGACAGCAUCUAGUAAUUAAUGUUAUUGAAAAUGUAUAAGCAUUUUCGGUUACGUAGCUCAUCUUUCUUUUUUAAUUGAGUUAAUAAUUUCAAAUCCAAAUGUUCGACCGACAUUGCCAGUUGUGCAAAGUAGCAGAUUCAAAUUUGGUUUGAAUAGCACAAUUUAGUGUAAUUAAGGAAUAGUAUGCGAAUGACUUAAAUUCUCACGUCAAAUACAUUAAAAUGUCGGACGAGGAAGUUACCUUGCAAGACAAGUUAGCUGAAAUAGACUAUGAAUUACAGACAGUGGAAACUCAAAUAUUAAGUCUCCAAGAACGCAAAGAGUUCUUGCUGAGACAAAAGCAGAGUUUAAAAGAUGAGAUGACUCUUAAGAAGAGUUUGACAUUGGCUAAUCGAAAUUGGUCUUCCAAAGACUUUCCAUGGUACAAGAAGGUGGUUGAAGUUCUGGAAACAACAUUCAAACUUCCUGGAUUUCGACCACAUCAAUUGCAGACUGUAAAUGCUGUUCUUUCCAAAGAAGAUACAAUUUUGAUUAUGCCCACGGGUGGAGGAAAAAGUCUGUGUUAUCAACUUCCUGCUUUAGUUUUACCUGGAAUUAACGGUUGGUGUAAUUUUCCCACCUCUUGUGUGCUGCGUAAUGGAAGACCAGCAGAUUAGUGUUGCUUGUUAAGAGAAGCUAUGCGAUCAUAUGCUUAUAUCGCUGCUCGAGUGCAUCAGAGACUUUGAGCCCGUGGAAGUAAGUUCAGAAUACAAAUUCAACAGGUGAUACUUAUACAAAUUGGAAAUAAUGCUAGCAUAUUAAUGUGACUCCUGAAAAGUUGGCUAAGAGCAAACGUUUCAUUGACAGAAAUAACUACUCAGUGCAAGAGGAUGUUGAGCAUGAACUUAAACCAACGAGUGCCUGAUCGAUCUGAAUAUGGCUAUUCGAUGCGACAGUGCAGCAUGUGGCUGCUCCCAGUUGCGGUCAUCUGACUGUUUCAGCCCAGAUUACAAAUUUCUUGGUGUACUCAAAGGGAUGUUUCCAGACGUUCCCAUAUUGGGACUCACUGCAACUGCUACUUCAAAAGUCCGAGAAAAGCCUUCCAACCAAAAGGAGUGUUUUGAUAGUUUAGUAGAACUCAUGAAAACUAAGUAUGCUGGAAAAUCAGGGAUUAUAUAUGCUACUUCAAUUAAAGAUUGUGAGGAAUUGAUGCAGGAACUUAGAAAACGAGGCAUUCGAGCUGGGUGUUAUCACGCAACUCUGGAUGCUGCUCUCAGAAGUAAAGUUCAUCAAAAAUGGCUUUCAGGGGAAUACCAGGCUGUUGUGGCUACAAUAGCUUUUGGAAUGGGAAUUGACAAACCUGAUGUACGUUUUGUUAUCCAUCAUUCUUUGUCAAAAUCAAUGGAAAAUUUUUAUCAGGAAAGUGGAAGAGCUGGACGGGAUAAUAAAGCAGCUGAUUGUAUUUUAUAUUAUCGAUUUGCUGAUGUUUUUAGAUUAAGUACAAUGGUAUUUACACAACAAACUGGUUUAGAGUGUUUGUAUGGUAUUGUUGCCUACUGCUUGGACAAGACAAGAUGCCGUCGAUCCAUCAUUGCUUCACACUUUAAUGAGGGUUGGGAUACAUCAGAUUGUAAUGAGAUGUGUGAUCAUUGCCGCCGGCCGAGAGAAAAGAAAGAAAUUGAAAUUGUAGAAUAUUGUCGAUCGUUGUACAAACUUAUUCAAAAUGCAGCUGGUAAUGAUGCUAAACUCACAGCUCAGAUGUUGGUUGAUGCAUGGUUUGGAAAAGGUAAAGCAAAUCUACGGGUUUCCUCUGUGAAAGUUCCUUCUUUGUCUAGAGAGAUGGCUGAGGAUGUAGUUGGUCAUUUACUUAUAGAAGGCUAUCUGGCUGAAGACUUUCACUUUACUCCAUACAACACUAUAAGUUACAUCAAAAGAGGACCCAGGGCUGCAGCUGCCCUUUCAGAAAAAGCAACUGUGAAAAUGUGUGUACAAGGAGCCAGGAAGACUGAGAUAAAUAAAGGAAGCCCAAAAGCAAACAAUACAAUUAAUAGUGAAAAGAAAGCAAAAGUUGAGAACAAUGCAUGUACAAAAUCGGAAACUACUAAAGCAGAAAAUUCUAUGAAGGGUGAAAAGAAAGUAAAAGUUGAGAAACAUGCUCUUACAGAGUCCAUGAACAAUGUGGCCCAUAAAAGGCCUUCAACACUGAGUUCUGAUGUUUUAAAUUCUAUAACUCCAAACUCCUCAAAGGAAAAACGUGGCACAGACAGAGUUAUAAAUCUCUGUGAUGAUGAAGAUUUGGAUUUUGUACCUUUAAAGAAAAAGAAAGUGUUUGUUGUGAGUUCUGAUGAUGAAGGAUGAGAUGUGUGUAAAUAAUUACGUAUAAUAAAUUUCUUCUUUUCCAAUGUCAUGUUAUUUGAGUAAACUCAUUUAAAUUCACUAAAAUAAUAAUUAUAACUUUUUUCUUAAUUCCA